AUGCAUUGCAACCAUUGGCAACCAAAGAUGCAAAUAUAUCCUUUUUUGAUAUUUAGUGCUUUGUGGGCUCUAGGAACAACCCAGGAGUUUGUUCCUACGGUAUGGAGAUCUAAUGUGGAGGUUUAUGAAACCGAUUUUGAGCAUUGGGGUGGCGUCUUGGAUGCCUUCAGGGAUUCCAAUACUUUGAUGUUUCAUUUCGAGGAUAAUUUCGAGGAUCGUUUGCUGAUAACAUUUGAUAACGGUAGGAAUUGGCGAACUGUAGAUGUGUUUGGGGAAGGUAUUCCAUGGGUGGAUGUUGAUAAGUUUCAUAAAGAGAGAGCGUUCGUAACGACCUCGUCUGGAAAGAUCUAUAUGACGGAAGAUCAGGGAAGAAGUUGGAAGCAACUUUCUUUACCACAGGACGAGAUUGAUUGCUUCUCUGACACACAUCCUUUCAAUACGAAUCUUCUAUUGCUACACUGCGAUUCCCGGCUGGAAAAUAAUCCAGAGACAACUCCAGAUUCAUCCUCUUUUCAGGAACGUAUCGCUUACGCUUCUGAUGACGCUGGGAAAAGCUUUAGACGUAUUUCGGCGCCAUUUGAAGAAUAUGAAGCUACCCAAGACCUAGAAUACCGUGGUACUGACUGCCAGUUUGCCACUUUAUCAAAAGAGUCUAUUUUCGAUAGGGAUGGAAUUUAUUGCAUGCACCGUUUGAGAAACAGGACGGAAAUUCAAAAACAGUCUACACAUCCAUAUGGUAUGGGUACCGCCUUCUACACAACCGAUUUGGGUCAAAGUACAAAACUCUUUGAUGAAUUAAAAAGCUCUUCGGUAGAAAAUAUAUGGGUUUUUCCCUUCCAUAUUUUGGUAAUUACAUCAGAGGCCAAUGAAGUGGACGGUACUGCACACAGAAUUUGGGUUUCUACAGGCGGGCCUCUCAAACCUGCAUGCCUACCUAAGCGGGUGGCCUCUUUACCACAUGUGGUCAGCAUGCCACUGGAGCUUGAUCGAGAGCGUAUAUUAUUAAGUGCUGUUUUGGAAGAAGAUGAAGGUCACGGAAAAUCCGAGCAUUUCCUACUGUCCGAUUCUUCUGGUCUCAACUUUUCUCUCAUCGACUCCAUAACACAAGAACCUGCUCAGCAUGUGAUGAUAAAAAAGCUAUAUAACCUCGAGGGAACAGUAUGGGGUGAAUUCAUUUUUAGAGAGGUUCAUAAUCGGAGCACGGAAUUGAGCAUGGAUGAAACAAAUCUUGAUAAGAAGGUCAAUUGGCUUCAAAGAAUUAUUGAAUUUAUAAAGAAGCAUGUCCUCCACAGAAAGCCCUAUCCCCUCAUGGAACCUUUCCCCUUUAUCGAAUAUAAACGAUUUUCCAAGAAUAAAAUAAGCUUCGACAAUGGGGAAACAUGGACCAAUUUAAAGGUUGUGGAUCCAUCUGGAAAACAUAAGAACCUUUUCCAAUGCGAUAUCGAUGAUGUAGAACACUGUUCUUUCCAGAAAAAAAAUUUUUAUUCUCCAUUAAUUAGAAAUGAACCAACAGCUGGUAUACUCAUGGAAACCGGUGUUGUUAGAGAACGUUCCCUAAUCUUAGGUGAAAAAGAUGCAAUGGCUUUUAUUUCACGAGACGGUGGUGCUUCUUGGGAGGUGGCUUUUGAAUUUCCUGUGUAUGCAGCAUUUUUGGAUUUUGGGAACAUUAUCGUUGCUAUACCCAAGUUGUCUCAGAAAAACGGUAGGACAUUGAAGAAGUUCUUUUAUUCUGUGGAUCAGGGAAAUAAUUGGAGGGAAUAUUACCUCGAUAUCGUACUUGAUGAACCUGCACAUGCGUACGAUCUCGUACUUGAUAGCUGGGGUUUAAACGCUGUGAUAGGCCUUGUUAAACAAAAAUACGAGCGGUCCAGUAAAUAUACCUUUUACACAAUAGACUUUUCAGAAGUGUUCGGGGGGAGUGCUUGCACUGACGAAGAUUGGGAAAAAUGGUUUUUGUCUGAUGGCAAGUGUUUUAAUGGUGUCAAGUACAGCUUUAACAGAAGAAAAGCGGAUGCCCAAUGUUUGAUGAGGAAAACAUUUGAAGAGCUAACACUAAAUGAGGAGAGUUGUGAGCCUAAAGACAUCCAGAGUAAUAUUUAG